AUGAUGCCUCAACACUUACUUCUUCUCGUCCCAGUAGCAGCUGCAUACACUCUGAAUGGUGCACAGCCUUCCUUUGUGGGCCGCUCCGCUUCCACGCGCCUAACAAGCACCAUGGUGGAGAGGAUGGAAACGGCCACUUUCAACCCUGUGUCCCAAUAUGAGGAUGCAAACACCUUCAAGAACCUUCCAAUUCAAUUGGAAGUAGCACCAACGAUGACCCUUAGAGAAGCAGAAGCGGAACAUGGCAUGCCUUGGAAAAGCUCAAUCGAUGCGAAUGUGAAGGACGAUGAGCUUCUUUACAUGAAGUUCUGGGAAUGGCAAAUGUCUUUCAUGGAGGAACAUCUUACUGAUCUCCAAUACGAAGCUUGCACCAAUGGAGAGACCGACUUUUCCUACAACGCGAACGCGAAGAAAAAGGCCCGCAUCGUAAACAUCUGUGCUUCCUCCAAAGAAUACCGCAAGAUUCGCAUGACCUACUACGAUGCUGGCGAUAACACUCAAGUUUUCAACGCUGUUUGGUACCCUGAUCCUGAAUACAAUCUUCCAGUUCUUGGAAUUGAUAUUCUUGCUUUCAACAGAAAGAAGUACCUUGCCAUUGUUGACUUUCAGCCUCUGCAUGAAGAGGAAUCGGACCACGAUGCAACCUACGAGGAUCUGCUAGAACCAAUCAAGGAGAAGUACGACACUCUAAAGGGACGCAUGAGCUCCAAGUUCUACGACGAAACUCAAUUCUUCUCGCAACAAAUGUUGUUUGCAAGAUUUGACGAGGAGAAGGUUGUCCAUGAUGACUUGUUCCCAGCGUUUAAGAGCUAUGUCAAGACACAUGUAGACCUUGUCAAGUCUACCGAACGAAAUCCUUCCACGAAGGAAUUUGUUUUAGAACGACAAGAGGCAUAUGACGAAUACUCUGCCGAGCGUGAUCCAGCAACCGGACUGUUUGCUGCCAUGUUUGGAGCCGAGUGGGCCAACGACUUUGUUCACGAUUUCCUCUUUUCCAUGAGCGAAAAGCCAGAUGCUUCUUCUAUUCCUCCAGCCUUUGUUGGCGGCGGCGGAAACCCACAUGGACCACCAUCUGGACGACCGUAA